AAACCUACAGUAGAACGUCACAAAGGAGAUUGGCCAAGAAGGACAGACAAAAAAGAAAAACCAUCAGCAACAGCAGUAAAAGAUGAAUGGAAGUCAAAUUGGUAUAUAGAAAGCGAAAAGUGUAUAAAAUUUUGCUCUAAGUUUGGUCAAACUUGCUAUUUUCCGUGAAGUGAACCGAUUAUGUUGUGAUGUAAUUGUAAAUAAACACAGCAGGAUCUAGUAGAACAAUUAAAAUUGUGAUUGAGACGACGGGCAAAAUGUUUUGCGCUGAAAAAUCUGGAGCGCAUUUGCUGAUUUUUCACCAUUCGUAAAAUAUAAAAAAUUGGCUGGCUGUAGUUUUAAUUCUAAUUUUUGGUUCUGCACUUUACAAAAGUUUUGCGAGUAAUCGGUGGCUCAAGAUGUUCCAGCUCUUCACGUGUAAAUGGAAACAUCCGUACAGAAAAUGUCCGCUGCUUCUAGCGAGUGUUUUGCUACAACUCUCGUUUGCUCUGUUACUAGUUCAGUUCUGUACGCUGACAGCUGCGGGUGGUGGAAUAUCCGGGGUCACCAUCGGGGGAAUGUCCCACGCAGGAAAGUGCUCGGAGAUACGCUGUAUGAACGGUGGCACCUGUCGCAACGGAACUUGCAUUUGUCCAGAUGGCUGGCAGGGUAGCGAGUGCCAAUUUUGCGGAGGAAAAGUAAGAUUGACAGACCCGACCGGAAGCAUCCACGACGGGCUUGGCAACUACUCGAUCGGUGUCAAGUGCAGUUGGCUGAUUGACGCGCGUGAUCACAACAGCAUUGCCGAAAAACUGUCGCCGGCUCUCAGUGGGAAACCGUCCGUAAUUCGGUUGCACUUGGAGGAGUUCGCUACUGAGUGCGGCUGGGAUCACCUGUACGUGUACGAUGGGGACAGCGUCGAGUCGCCACUGUUGGCAGUUUUCAGUGGGUUAAUGUAUCGGAAAAAUUUCAGCAUUCGAAGAAUCCCGGAAGUGUUCGCCCAUAGCGGGUCUGCGUUAUUACAUUUUUUUAGUGAUGAUGCAUACAACAUGUCCGGUUUCAAUAUAAGCUAUCAGGUUAAUGCCUGUCCUACGGUCGAUACCGCACAGAAUUGUUCUGGCCAUGGCGUGUGCAUAUACGGGGAGUGUAACUGUGACGCUGGCUGGAGUGGUCCGGCUUGUAGCGUAGCUCGAUGUCCGAAUGAUUGCUCAGCCCAUUUGGGACGGGGUGCUUGCAAUAUAAUUCAACAGAGAUGCAUUUGUGCGAUUGGUUAUGAUGGAAAUGAUUGCUCACAACACCGGGCGUCACAGGGAGUUUGGACAACUAUCAACUCGGAGGACACGGUUGGAUUUGCACCUCCUGGAAGCGCUUCACAUGGUGCGGCUGUAUUCCGGGACACGUUUUAUAUCAUUGCAGGAGAAAGCUACUCUAAAGCGAAAUCCCUAAUGUAUAUGUAUGAUUUCAACGGAAAGGUUUGGGAAACUGCUCAUACGGAUUCAAAAACGACUCCGGAUCUACGAUAUGGUGCAUCGACCGUUAUGUAUGGCGAUAAAAUUUUCCUAUAUGGUGGAGUAGUAGAGGGUAAAGGAGUUUGUGGUGAGCUUUGGGCUUUCGACGUUAGUGCCAAAAUAUGGGAAAAUAUCACAGUGAAAGCAGAGCAGUGUAAUGAAACUUAUGCCAUGUGCGGGCCGUUAAAAUCGGCUGGACAUACAGCUACUUUGGUAUCCAACUUCGAAGGAGGAAAGAAGGGUCAUUCCCAAAGAAUGGUGGUUAUUUUUGGACAUUCUCCUCAGUUUGGAUACUUGAAUACGGUGCAGGAGUACAAUUUUGGUACUCGCGAGUGGAAAAUCGUCAAAACUAAAGGAUAUCCGGUGAAAGGUGGUUACGGUCAUUCAGCAGCCUACGACCCCCUAAAAGAACGGAUAUACGUGUACGGAGGCAUAGUAUCUGAGAGUGAUAGCACUCAACUGUUGAGUAAUAAGUUGUAUAGCUACGAGCCUCAUAGUCGUGUGUGGACAUUGGAAGCGGCAGCUCCAACUGCUAGAUUUCUACACACAGCCAACUUUAUUACUCCCGGUUUGAUGAUGGUCUUUGGUGGUAAUACGCACAAUGAUACCUCUCAUAGCUUUGGUGCCAAAUGCUACAGCAAAGAUCUUAUGGUUUAUGACAUUUUGUGUGAUUCGUGGCAUGUGCAUCAUAUGCCACAAGAUUUACGUGCCGACUUGGCACGAUUUGGGCACUCCGCAAUCGUUUUCGAAGAAUCCCUUUACAUUUACGGAGGCUUUGACGGACAGAUGAUAAACGAUAUGCUAAAAUAUACACCGGGAAAUUGCCGAGCAUUGAACCGGUCGGAUCAGUGCUUGUACGCUCGUCCGGGAUUCAAAUGUAUUUGGGAUAUUCAGAAAAGUAAAUGCGUGCCGAUUCAGGACGUCGAUAAAGGUGUAUUGUUCAGCAGGGAUCAAAUCAACUAUGAAAUAUGCCCCCAGGAAAGUAGACUUGUCAUGACUAGACAAGCGUUAGCAGAUUAUGAACUGUGUAGUCAACUGAGCAGUUGUCAAAGCUGUGUAUCGACUUCCUAUGGUUGCAUGUUUUGUGGAGUAGGUAACGGAAAAGGCUAUUGCGCGAAAGAAAAAUGCCCGGAUGUAUCCUACACCUACCGAGCAGAUUUCUAUCCUACACGAAAGCUAAAGGAUUGUCCUGAGAAUGAUGAGCAAGUUUGCGCACAAUUGCAUGGAUGUCACGCUUGUUCGGCAUACAAAUUUUGCCACUGGGAUUACGAGCAUAGUAAAUGUUAUUACGUGGCGAAUAAGACCAGUGAGAUUCUAAAUGACGCUUUGCCAUGUCCUCCGGCGUGUUCGCUUCUGACCACGUGCGGUAACUGUACACAAGAGGAAUGCAUUUGGUGCCAAAAUGAGCAGCGUUGCGUUGACAAAAACGCAUACACUGCAAGUUUUCCAUACGGUCAAUGUCGAGAGUGGACGACUGGGUCGAAUAAAUGCCGUGCCGCAAGCUCUGGCAAAAGCCAAUGUGGCUUUUAUAAAACAUGUGCUCAAUGUCGAGAUGAUCCAGCAUGUGGUUGGUGCGACGAUGGUUCUAUGACCGGCUUAGGAAAAUGUCAUCCUGGAGGUGAUCGAGGCGCUCACGAAGAAAUGGACUGCCAUAAUGCAAGGUGGCACUUUACGCAUUGCCCUAGUUGUCAGUGUAACGGCCACAGUACUUGUCCGGAUUCAAAGACAUGUAAACAACCGUGUAAAGAUCCGAUGGUUGGACAGAACUGUGAAAAAUGUAAACCAGGCUACUGGGGAAACCCGGUUAAUGGUGGUACCUGCCAAAAAUGCGAUUGUAACGGGCAAGCACAGUACUGCCACAGUGAAACGGGAAAAUGUUUUUGCAGUACGAAAGGUCUAGCUGGGGACCACUGCGAGAAAUGUGACGCUACUAACCAUUACCACGGUGACCCUAGUCGGGGAUCAUGCUACUACGAUCUCACAAUAGAUUAUCAGUUUACUUUUAACCUUUCUAAGAAAGAAGACCGUCAUUUCACCCAAAUCAACUUUCGUAACUCGCCGAUUAAAUCCGACAUUGAUGCUGACUUUAGUAUCACUUGUUCAGUGGCUGCAAAAAUGAACAUCACAAUCCGGACAGCCGGUGGUCCAGAGAAGCCUUUGUUUUCCGCCGUCAACUGUUCGACUUUUCGAUAUCGUUUUUCCAAAGCCGAACACCAUUUCGGUAUUGAAGAUAAUGUUACACUAACCACGUUUUAUGUGUACGUGUAUGACUUCCAACCUCCUCUGUGGAUCCAAAUUGCUUUUUCGCAAUAUCCUAAGCUCAAUCUGCAACAAUUCUUCAUUACAUUUUCAACGUGCUUUUUGCUCCUGCUACUGAUGGCUGCUAUCCUGUGGAAAAUUAAGCAGCGCUAUGAUAUGUUCCGUCGGCGACAACGGCUGUUUGUCGAGAUGGAACAAAUGGCAUCACGGCCAUUCUCUCAGGUUCUGGUGGAAAUUGAAAGUAAAGAGUAUAAUGAGCUAUCACCAGCAGUCGAAAACAUUACCAGUGCUCCGAGAAAGCGAAAAAAGGACUCUCCCAGCCCCAUCGCACUGGAACCCUGUGAGGGCAACAGGGCUGCAGUGCUAUCACUUCUAGUCCGGCUGCCAACAGGUGGUCUCCAACACUCUCCUCCUGGUCAAUCGGCAGGUCUCGCCGUAGCAAGUGCAUUAGUAACGUUAGGUAAUCCGCGACGGCCGUCGAUAGAACACCCAAAGGAACCGAAGACUAAACGUAAGCAGAGCCAACAUCCUGACAGUUGUAUAUAAAGGUAAGGAUGCUGAGUUACUUAUAGCAGGCAACGACAAGGAAAACGAGUGUAUUAUUAGCACUCAACUCGGAGCUAUCCGUUAGACGUACGCUUGUUUUUGGCACAAUUUUGCAUGCGGUUUCGGCCAAAGGUUGUGCUCUAGCUUACUUUCUAGGUUGUAAAAAGUUACACAUUCUAAAUUUCAAUUUAACGAUCAAAUUCAAGCAACAGUUUUGACACUUGAUCAGCAAUUCCGACAACUUUACGUCGAAUGGAAUCAGGGGCGACUCGUGGCUGUUGAACCUACCUGUACAACUAGAAAUUCUUAAAAUCAGAGUUUGGGGAAGUAAUUACAAUUUUAACCGCGAAUAAAAGCAAGUAAUUCCCUUUGUUACUAUUUAAAAAUAAAACUAAAAAAUAAGAAAAUAAGAGCAUGAAUUUGGAUUUUAGAUUCAUUUUUUGCCUGACGUCCCCAUGUGCAUUGCACAGGUUGCACCUAUGGACGAGUCGCCCCUGAAUGGAAUGCAUAUUUUUAAGUCAGUUUUGUUUAUUUACAUGUAAGCGAAAAUUACAUAAAAGCGCCGUGUACGCUGCAUGGUGAAUAUAACUAUUGAUUAAUUAAACAUUCUAUCUAAACCAGAGCAUCAAACCCACAUUGUAAACGAUGGAACGAUGAUGAUAAUGAUUAUUAUUACUAAUAACCGCAGGAUAAACUGAAAGCAGAAAGCGUGUUAAGAAAGUAGUAGUUAUAAGUUCCAAAAUGGUGUUGUCGUAGCUAAGAUAUCGUAUUUCUAACGAUAUCGUAUUUCUAACGUGCGUUUCCUUUGAUUUUUCAAUUGAUGAUGAUGAACCUUAACUCAACUAUUUUGUAAACGUAACAUUAGAAAGACUCAUUUCUAUUCCAAUCCAUCUUUUUCAUACAAUCGAUUACACGACGUCAAUGUACGAUCACCAUUCGUGCUAAUUGUUUUAGUGUUGUGGUUUUGGAAUUUGACUCAAUUACAAAUUUCAUUUAAACCAUCGAUAAGACCUGUGUCCUUAUCUGAAAUAUGGUGGAGUAAAUGUUUGUUGAUACGUACGUAACAUUUUAUGAUUGCGUUACGCCACUAACAACCCAAUUUACCUUUGUGUUUGCUAUUCUACUUUCGAGCGUUCAAACUGUAUUCCAUCAUUGAACAGACGGUAAAACUUUGUUUUGGCGUUUAUAAAGCAAGAUAUGGUUUUAUUUGCUAGCUUACCACUAUAGUGCAUUUUCAGUCAACUGACGAUGCAACAAACUAUGCAAUCUUGAAAAUAAAAUCAAAAAAAUACUCAACGUUCCGCAAACUAUAUUCCCAUUUUCGGCAUUACAUUUUACAAAUAGAUCACGUCCGUUGAACACGAUAUUAAAUACAACUAACCUUUCAUUCUAACACCGAUUGCGUUGAGAGUAUGCAAGACAUCAUAAAGGUAACAUAAUGAGCGACACGACGAGGCUGCUAAGUUUUCGUUUAAAUGUGAUGAUUAGAUAUUAGUACUAAGCCAACCGACGCAGCUUCGGUAAAGACAAAGCAAUCGCUUCAAAUCCUGAUUUUGGAACGAGGAAGUUGACUUAUAAAUUGGCCUCAGAAACCGGUUAAACGAAUUAGGCUGUUGAGAGACCGAAAGCGGUUAUGUGGCAUGAAAUCGAACUACGGAAUCACAAUACUACGAUACGAUUAUAGAACCUUUACUACUGCGUACAUUAGAAGUGGCAACGUAAUGAGAUACAGGAACGAUUAGCUUUUAGGUAGGUUCUGAACUGACACGUGCUCGAUUACAGCUUCUAGACAGAUCCUAGAAGAACUCAGUUUGUCGGUUUCGGAAAGCGGCCGAUGCUGUGUGAUUGAGAAUCGCAAAAACAAUUUGUACAGGAAGGGAAUAUGGUAAAAAAAAUAUCGCAGUGAAUAAAUAGUAUUUUAUGGCAUUUGUUGCAAUAAUAAAAAUGAACAAAAAUGAAAA